CGAAGUUUCUAUUGCUAGUCGCCGCCGUUACUCACUUUCGUUGACGCCGAUCUCUUGUAAAUGGCGUUUUUAUAGACGCUCGUACUAAAUUUUGUAAGUAAAAAUUUUAGCUGAAAAUUAGCAUCCAAAAUAGAAAUAUAAAGUGUGGCAUAACAUAAACAAAACAAAAAAAAGCGAACAACACUUUAAAAAUGAUCGGUUUUCAUCCUACCGACUUAAUAAGGGAAGUCAAGGCAAGACCGGGAAUUUAUAAUAAAGAUUUUUUGGACACACCACCAAGGGAGCAUAAACGUCGCCUUUGGCUGGAAGUAGCAGAAAAUCUAACACCAACCGAGGAUUGGGAAUCAUAUACAGAUGUUGAAAAGGAAGCCAGAGUGGAUGAAAUAUCCACAAAGUGGAAACACAUGAAGGAUCAUUUUUAUCGUGAAAUCAAAUUGCAGGAAGCGGGUGAGGCUCAUAAGAAACGUAAAUAUAUAUAUUUUGAUGAUAUGGAAUUUAUGCGUCCCUUUGUGGGCUACAAAUUGCCGGCACAGAACAGACGGAGGGCCAAUAAUAAGUCUUUGGAAUCUUUAGAUGAUUUAGUGUCCCAAGACACCGACGACUUGGAUAUGGAUGAGUUUCUCAAGUCUACCGACAAUCUAGACUCUAGACCCAAUAGUUCUCAGCAAAAAGAACUGCCGAGACGUUCACCCCUGAAAAGAGCGGUAAAGCCUACACCUAAGGCUUUGCAAAAUAAGUCUAAUAUUAAACCGGUUAAUGUUGUUAGGAAAACACCUGAAACUAACAAUAAUCCCAGCUUUAAAAUACGUGAUGGUGAUAUAUCCUUCUGUCUCUCACUAGUGCCAACUUUGCGUAAAUUAGGUGAUGGUCGUAAAUUGAGGGCAAAGAUUGAAAUACUUAAGGUGUUACAUCGUUAUGUGGAACAUUUGGAAAGACGUAAUUUAGUGAAUCGUCAAAAUCACCAUAAUGCCACACAAAGUGCCAAUAACAUAGACGAUGAUAUGGAUGAGGAUCAUUUGGAGGAGUAUGAUGACAAUAUUGUUAAACAUGAACAACAUGAUGAUCCUUUAAAUGGUGGCGGCGGCGGAGGAGCAGGAGGUGGUGCUGCCGGUGGUGGUAAUACCAAAACCUGGUGGACUUAAUGAAGCGGUGGGCUGAAGAUAAAGUGAAACAUAAAACCUAGUAAAUUGUUGAAAUACAAGAUUAAGUUAAGAAUCAUUUUAACGUUAACAAACAAGCAGACAAAUAUGCAAAAGUAUAUGAUUUCUCGGAAGACCAAAGGAAGAUAUAGUG